CACUCAACGCAUAGAGAAGAAUAGUUUUGCUAUAAGGAGGACAGAGCCGGGAGGAGUGAAUGGAUCAGUGCUCCAAUGCAUCAAACGCGCUCAUUGGACACCCUCCUAUAUCCGCGAAAGAAACCCUACAUGCCCGUUAUGCCCUGCCGCGGAGGCUAGAGAUUUUUGCCAAGAGAAGGGAAAACGCAGAGGACUCUGAAGUCGGGACACUCCUUCGUUUGAGUUGACUGUAACGUUAGUUCGUCUGUGCACUGUUUUCAAUCUCCUGUGAGCCUAGCGUCGGAGAGGGGGGAUUCAGCCAAGCAGGACAACAACUGUAGGCAAGAUGCAGGGGGUUUCAGCAACAACUGACCUCCCUCCCUCCUCUCUACAGUGCCAGUGUGGAUCGGUGGACUUCCAGUGUUCCCCGCGGCUGGCGAAGAAAGACCUGCCCCCUCCCAGACAAUGUCACGUCCGGCCUGCCGUAAAGCCCCGCCCCCAGCCCACAGCCACACCCACCUUUCAGAAACCUCAAGUGCCCCCUAAACCCCCCUUCCUGCUGGUCCUCGGACAGGAUAAGAAGCCCAAGAGGAUUCCCCCAGCCCCCUCCAGGCCUCUGCCUGCCCCUCCACCUCCACCCAAACCACGGCCCAGCCAGACACCACCUGGCCUGGCCACACAGUCUCAGAGAGAGGCCCAGAGCGUGGGGCUGCUCAUCGAGAGGUUUGAGAACUCCAGGGUUCCAAUACUUGGCGUCCCUCCGAGGAAUCAGCUCCACUUGUGCCUGAGUAUGGACGCGACAUCCAAAACCACAACUCGCUCUGCCCCUGACCCCACAGCACAUGCCCCUUCAGGGUCAGCAGGAGCAAAGGACUCUGGGGAACCCUCCCCCGCCGACAAACUUGCUCUUAUCGUCUCGGAGCAGACUGAUGAGGUCACCGAGCUGAGGGAACUUUCGUGCCUGGCCUCACUCCGCAUUGACGGCCCCGGUGACGUUCAUUUGGACUCUACAGAGGACGACCUCAACGUCGUCCAUGGCGAUCGAGUUGGUUGCCUUGACAACACGGAGAGGGAGGAGAGAGACUCUUCCCAUGAGCUCCAGGACAAUCCGGACUCACAGUCCUCGGAGCAGAACGGAAACGGGAAGAUUCCCAACCGGGACAGCGGGAUUGACAGCCCAUCGUGCGCAGCAGAGGGCGAGGUGUUCCCCAACGAGGACGCCAUCGACGAGGAGGAGCGCUACGACAGCGUCACGGAGACAGAGACUAGCGUGUCCUGCUGCGUAACACUGGGCAACAAGCGUGACUCCACGCAGGACGAGGACAGUGACCUGGAUGAGGUCAGCAGUGGCGAGACAGAGGGAGGGGAGAAGGCGGACACACACACAGAGGUACACAGGUACUCAGAGACCCAGAGGUUACUGAACAUCGCCAGAGAGCUCCUUCACACUGAGGAGGCCUACGUCAAAAGACUCAACCUCCUAGACCAGGUAUUUUGCACUAAGCUGACUGAAGCUGGAAUCCCUCAGGAUGUGAUAACGGGGAUCUUCUCCAACAUAUCCUCCAUCUACUGCUUUCACCACAAGUUCCUGCUCCCUGAGCUCAAGACACGCAUCACUGGAGAAUGGGACUCAAACCCACGUAUUGGAGACAUCCUCCAGAAGCUGGCUCCAUUUAUGAAGAUGUACGGAGAGUACGUGAAGAACUUUGACCGUGCUAUGGACCUGGUCAACACAUGGAGCCAGCGGUCAUCACAGUUCAAGAGUGUGGUCCAGAACAUACAAAAGCAGGAUGUGUGUGGGAACCUGACUCUCCAGCACCACAUGUUGGAGCCUGUGCAGAGGAUUCCGCGCUAUGAACUCCUGCUCAAGGACUAUCUAAAGAAACUGCCUGAUGAUGCACUGGACAGGAAGGACACGGAGAAAGCACUGGAACUCAUAUCCACAGCAGCCAACCACUCCAAUGCUGCCAUCAGGAAAAUGGAGAAGAUGAACAAACUGCUGCAGGUCUAUGAGAGACUGGGGGGAGAGGAGGACAUCGUGAACCCAGCCAACGAGCUCAUCAAAGAGGGACACAUCAAGAAGAUGUCUGCCAAGAAUGGGACGGCCCAGGACCGAUACCUCUACCUGUUCAACAACAUGGUGCUGUACUGCGUUCCCAAGCUGAGGCUGAUGGGGCAGAAGUUCAGUGUGAGAGAGAGGAUCGACAUCGCUGGGAUGGAGGUCAGGAAGGAGGUGCAAGAGAACGUGAAGCAGAACCUCCCUCACACGUUCGCCAUCAUCGGCAAGCAGCGCUCACUAGAGCUACAGGCCAGGACGGCUGAGGAAAAAGAAGACUGGAUACAGGUGAUCCUGGCCACCAUAGAGAAGCACAAGCAGAACAGUGAGACCUUUAACAAAGCCUUCAAUAGUUCCUUCUCCAGGGACGAAGACCACCUGCCAGACUCACCGGGUCCCUGGAGCAACACAUCCGUAGACUCAGACAGUGAAAGACUGCAAGAAAGGAAAAGUUCCAAGAAGAAGGAAAAAGAGACAUGUAAAGGCUGCAACGAGAGCUUCAACUUUACCAAGCGCAAGCACCACUGCAAAGCCUGUGGAGCGGCCAUCUGUGGUAAAUGCUCUAAGAUGUUGGAGAAUAAGACAUGUCGUGUGUGUCCUGAGUGCUUCGAGACUAGCCAGGGCCCUGAGGGGCCUGCAGGGGCCCCAGUAGAGCUGAAGAGGAAAGCUACAGCCGAGAAGCAGGUGUCUCUGUCGGGGGACAACUGUCUGCUGUGUGCCCAGCUGCAGGUGCAGGAGAAGGGCAAGAGCUGGACCAAGACCUGGGUGGCCAUCACCAAGACUGAACCACUGGUGCUCUACCUGCAGACCAGCGGACAGGACUCUCGCGGGGCACGGGCCAUACCCCUUCCGGGGUUUGAGGUGAGCGUGGCAGCGCCAUCGGCAACAGAGAAGUCUGAGCUUAAGCACGCGUUCCAGCUGAGUCACUCCCAGCAGGCUUUGCUGUUCAGCGCCCAGGAUACAGAAGUCCAGGCCAAGUGGGUGGAGCUUCUCUCUAGAGCCGCCCGCGGGGAGAUGCCCACAGACACGCCCUUCAGCCUGACGGAGCACAGGGAAAGCCAAUAGGGCGCCUCCGCUGAAGCCACAGGACCCUCCUUCCCACCUUUCACCCCUCUCCUGUGGACAGAGCACACGUUACUUGAAUUCACUUUUCCUUUGCACUUUUUAUUUUCUUUGAAGGGAGGGAAGAUUUCCCCCCUCUGCUGCCACUUCACCCUUUCCUCCACCAGACACACAUUUACACACAGACUUGCUCUCUCUUUCAUUCGCACACUCUAGCUAUCUCUCUCUCUCUCUCUCUCUCUCUCUCUCUCUCUCUCUCUCUCUCUCACACACAUUACACAUACACACCUGUUUCACCAACUCCGCCACCAUUGUAUGCGUGGUUACAUUAUAUUUCUCUCAGUGUUCUCUGCAGUUCAAGAAGAACAGAAGACUCUUUGAUUUAAUGUUUAGAAUUAUAGCCGAAGUCAUUUAUUAGAUGGAUCCUGUAUGAUUUUGUAAAAAGGUGAGGUUCCUUGUACAUUGUGUGACUGUGAACCAUUAACCCCUGUCAGUCUGUCUGUCUGUGUGUGUGUGUUGCUCCUGUGUUUUAUUUCAAUAUUCAAUGUUAGCGUAUUGAACCCUACAUGCAGAUACCCCCUCUCCCCACCACUGUGGACCCAGUGGCAGCUCAGUGGUGAUUGUACAGUGUGUAUACUAUCGUGUGUCAUUAACUAAAAUAACUCAAUUUUAACUUAAGAGAUGUGAACGAACGCUUGUGGCUGGCCACCUGAAGCUCCCACAAUCAGCCUCCCAACUCCUCACACCCCUUCUCACCCCCCAAACACACCCUACUCCCUUGCUGUGUCCCAGUGUUUUAAAAAUGACGUUCUUUCUUUGCUCUCCCUCCUUUGUAAACCACUUAAUCUGACUGGAUAGUCGAUUCAAUAUGGUGGAUUUUGUUCCUCUUCCACUAGUAGACUGGGUGGAGUUCCUGCCAAUGUUGUUUUGACCUGUCCAGUAACUGAAGAGAGGAAGCCACUGUAGAGGAUCAGGACAUUACUUACUACAGAUCUAGGAUCAGCUUCCCCUCCCCAAAUCACCAUCUUGGGAAACAACGCAAAACUGGCCUUAAAUCAGUUUCUACAGACAAUGUAUAGCUAGUCCCUUGCUCCUGUAUGGUCUUGCUCCCUCCCUCCUCUCUCUAUCAACUCUGCCCUCAGCAGCCAGGAAUAUACUCCCAAUUCCUGUUUCUACCGCUCACCUGCUCUGCCCCUUCUGGUCACGUGAUAGAAACCAUAGCCACAAUACAAGUACUGGCUAAGCAAAUUUAAGCUUGAUCCAAAAAUAUGGUAGGAGGCUUCGUAUGGAGGGUGUGACGCAAUUGCGGAGCCUUCAGAGGCAUGCAGAGGCCAAAUCAAUCUUCCUACCACAUCGCCGUGCGCCUCUCAAAUUUUGUAACAAUGCAGAGGGCUCCGUAUAGCUCCACAAUGGCAUGAUUGGUUGACGGUAGGUGGGGGCGGUACGUCCUGUAUAAAUACAAACUCACUUCCUUGACAACUUCCUUUACAAUAGCUCUGCCCUGCUCCGCUAAACGCAAGAAGUAUGAAAGCCCUGAUGUCUGCGGAGGCUGCAUCGCAGAGACAGCCACUUUAGAUCUCGGAUUGACCAUGCAAAGCCUUUAAGACUGUGUAUUUUGCCUUGUCCCCCUCUACUCCCCAACCCCCCUGGCACCAGCUUGUAAAUAACCAGAGGACUGUUCAGUGGCUCUCUAUGUGCAUGUAUAAACUCACUCAUAUUUAUGUACCGUACUCUGAAAACCCCAGUGCCCCUCUUUCCUCUUUGCCGUACUGUAAAGUGAGCAGACUCAGUGUUGCGUGUUUUAACCCUGGCUUGUGCACUGUGGAUAAGCAGUCAAGCAUAUCAUCAAUAAAGAGACGAAUGGCUCACUCAGUGUUAUACUGUCCAACAUGA